CGCUCGUAGCAGCUCACAAAUUAAUUUUCCCAUCAUUUGAAACAUGGAAGGAABGAAUCGUAUCGUGCCACUCCUUGGCAAUCGGUUGGCGUGGGACUGUUGAGAGAAAUUUUGUCCCACRAUAGAGAGCUCAUUACUUCUUUUCCAAUACUAAAGUCCACGAGGUGGAACCAAAAAAUAAAUCGCAAUCGCUAGUCAGUAUAKUACAGUAUUGAGUAACAGUAUUAGAUCAUAGUAACCCUUCGAUUCGACCAGUUUGUCAACAGURMUAAAAGAAGGAAAACUCAAGGUCAUAAAUCACAACUUGUAUGCUACUUAUCAAUCGACCAMAAUAAGAUGCAAUCCACACGAUUGGAACCAUCCGAACACUCAUCGAUGGCGAUGAAGAAGACCAAGGCAAAUGACCCGAGGGAUGGUGGUAACGACGAGGGCGUGGAAUGUGCGUUUGUGAGCAGCGACGAGAACGAUGGGAUUGCUAUUCGAAUCCUCAAACCAACAUCUAUUGCAGGCAAAGAUGAUUCUUCCGUUAAAGAAAGUCGGGAAGAAACCUUGGUGACUGUCGUCCGAACCCAAGACGAAACCGACGAACUCCGAGUCAGUACUUGCAGCAAGACUGAAAGUGGAAAAUCAUUCUCAGAGGACCCUGACCGGUCGUUCGAACUCACUCUUCRCAGGGCCAGCAUUCUCAAAAAGAUUUCCAAGCUUCGAGAGCAGAUCGACCUCGCCAUUUCGGAUGAUGAAAAGGUGGCUUUCGAAGAUUGCCUCAAGCUCGAGAUCCUCWKYUUGGAGCGCAAAAACCGUGAACAAGGCCCCUAUUUAGGAAMCCGCAGCAAGAACAAGAGCGUUGCUACGCCAACCGCGUCAAUUGCCACCGUCACCAGUAUCAACACUAACUUUGCUACCAUCAUGGAAAACUAUAGCAAUAACGAUGACAMUCUUGUKCGAAARUAGAAUUAAAAUGAUGAGACACAAGAAUAUGGCAGUCGGUACAAUAUGGGUGGGGGAAUGUGCAGUGAAAGACAAAAUGAAUUCAAUAUACUUGUAACGGGUACGAAAAGCACGAGACACCACAUCCAACAGGCCAUAAACUGGUACUACGAAUCGAUUUCAUGUCUACCUAGUAGGCAGAAACAUGAAAUCGAAAUUUUUAUUCUGACUUGAAGGUAAUGAAUUAUAAUAUUAUUA